GCCUCCUCACCCACUCUCUGACCAUUGGCGGCUGAGCGUGUCACGUGGUCAACCUUAGCAACGCACCUGGGCUUCCUUAGCAACCGGGCCGGGUACCGGGGCCGAGGCGCAGGCUGAUACCGUCUAAAAAUGAGUCAGUCACACAACAGCGUUGAGCCAAACGUUAUUGAUGAUGAAAUGAUUCAGAAAGCCAUUGAAGAGCAGUACCCAGAGGACAUUGGACAGCUUGCCAAAAAAGAAGGUACUGAUUUUAAAGAUGUGACAGAGCUACAGCUUAGUUUUAGAAAUAUCUUGCAGAUUGAUAAUCUGUGGCAGUUUGAGAAUCUGACUAAACUGCAGCUGGACAACAACAUAAUUGAGAAGAUAGAGGCUCUGGAGUGUCUAGUUCACCUUGUAUGGCUGGACUUGUCCUUCAACAAUAUCGAAGUAAUUGAGGGCCUGGAUACCCUUGUCAAACUGCAGGACCUCAGUCUCUACAAUAACAGAAUAUCUAAAAUCGAGCACAUGGACACGCUGCAAGAGCUGCAGAUUUUCUCCAUAGGAAAGAAUAACCUGACCACUCUGGAAGAUGUGAUCUAUCUCAGGAGGUUUAAAAACUUACGGACACUGAAUCUCACGGGGAACCCUCUCUGCGACGAUGAGCGGUAUAUGCUGUUUGUUGUUGCUUAUCUUCCAAACCUAAUGUACUUGGACUUCAAGCUCGUGAGCGACAGCACGCGAGAAGCUGCAGUUUUAGAGUAUCAAGAUCGUACUGAUCUGCUGGAAGGUGAGGAGGCCCAGGUCCUGGCUGAGUUGGAGGAAAAACAGGCAAAGCAGCAAGAGCUGGAGUACCACAAGACAGCCUUUGUUGAGUACCUGAAUGGAUCAUUCCUGUUUGACAAUAUGUACGAAGACGAUACAGAAGCUGCCAAACUGGCUUCCCUCCCCGGAGUGAGUGACCUGCUGCAGAAAUACAGGGAGGAGUUUGUCUCGGUUUGUGAGAACCUAUUUAACUUCGGCCUGAAAGAGUAUGAAAAACGAGAAGCUGAAGUCUCCGAAUUCUGUGAAUGCCGUAAUGAAGCAUUAACAGCCAACCAGCAAGAGAGCAGAAAACUAAUCCUAGACUUUGAAAAUCGGAACAAAAUGACGCUGGAUGAGAUUCAUAAUGCCGGUAGUUCGGAUAUUGCUGAGUCUAAACGAGCCGAGUACAAGGCGGACAUCCAUCAGCUGUCAGAAGCGCUCAUGACCUUGGAAAUUCUGAUAGCUGACCAGAUGGAGGAACUGGCAAAUGAUUUUAAAGGAAACAUGGCUGUUGUAGCAUCAACAUUCAUUGAAAACAUUAAAGGAAUAAUGAACCAGUGCCGGGACCUGGAAAACCGUCACCAUGAAAAGCUGCUGGAGAUCUGCAUCACCACACUGGAGAAAUCGGUCAAGAAUGAGCUUGAGGAGGAUUUACCAGAUGAAGUUCGUAUGCUCCUUGUGGACAAAAACACCAUUGUCAAUGCAGCCAACGUGUCCCAUGGUGUCCGCCUGCGGAAGAUUGAUAUGCGAGAGAGCGACAUCUUCACCAACACCUACCGCUGGCAGGCCUCUGUGACAGAGAAGGCUUUCCAAAACGAGGUCGACAGGAACCGUGAGCAUGUCAAAGAGAUCCUUCAGUACAUUGACAGUCUCCAGGAGGAGCUGCAUAACAUGGAGACCCUGGAGCCGAUGGAAUAGAUCUGCUGUGGGCCGGGCAGCUGCCAUAGCUGGGGACACACGGACAGCCCCUAGCAGCACACCCAGCGGGCACGGCCAGCUCUCUCUGCCUCAGCAGCAGUGGACAUCUCAGGCUAAAGGCAUUCUUCUUCCAUCCCACCAUAAACUGCAAAUAAAAGCUACUUAUUGACUCCAGAAGAGCAUA